AUGGCGAGUGUGGCGUCAUGUCAGGCGUCUCCGGGCUGUUUGUUGAAGCCACCUGGCAACCUGCUGGCUCUGCGGCCAUGCCCCCCUGUGCGGGCCCCUGGCCGUGCAUGGCCCCCCUUCCCGUCCCAUCCCCCACUCCGGCCAGGGAGAAGCCUGGGCUGUCUCUCCUGCAGGCAGAGGCUGAUCCGUUCGUCUCUCGCAGCCAGGGUCCAGUUCCCCUUCCACACCUGCGACCUGCGGAUAGACGGGGACUGCUUCCUGGUUUCCUCUGAGGCAGACACGUACUAUGGAGCCAAAGCUAAAUGCCAGGAGAAAGGAGCGAUGCUGGCCCACAUCAGAAAUCAGAAAGUGCAGGACAUCCUGGCCUUUUACCUGGGGAGGCUGGAGCUCACCAAUGAGGUGACGGAGCCGGAUUUCGAGACCCGCAACUUCUGGAUCGGUCUGACCUACAAAACCUCCAAGGACUUGUUCCGCUGGGACACGGGGACCCGAGACACCUUCACCAGCUCCGGCGCCCUUACUGCAAUAGCGGGUGGUAAUCAGCUUCCUUUCAGGCUGACUGACAGAACAAUUGCACCUGUGGAAACCAGGCACUGCCCAAAGCCUAGGCUGCUGAGAAUUGGUGUGGUGGCAGUUGUGGGGGUACGUCUGUGA